AUGGAAUUAGCGGAUGUCGUCGAGCUGCAAGCAAACGACAUCGAAGGAGCGGUCGAACCGGACGACGAGUACUUUGUCAAUGGUGUCUCUGAUUAUGGAGUCCACUUCUUGCUUCUUCCUCAAUGGGAGGCAAUAACAUUGGGAUUUCAACACUAUGUUUUGGCACUAGGGACAGCUGUGAUUAUUCCUUCCUUUCUUGUUCCUUUGAUGGGAACUGAUGAACCCGAGUUGAAGAAACAAAUUGAAUUUGAAUCACACGCAAAAGAGAUGGAAUUAAAGAAACCCAAAGAAAGAGCAGCUGAUCCAGUGCUUAGGAAGAUUGGACAAUACGAGCCUGCGGCACUAAAAGAUAGCAUUUCAAGAGUGGGACCCUACAGAAGACAACCUUCACUACCCCCUGUUCUCCCACGAGUGAGUCCAGAGCUUCUUCCUAUGUCUCCAUCAAUAGUAGCUGAUCCAGGCCUGGACCUUCAAAACUUUCUCAAGAUGGGUUGCCCACUUCCAGCUUCUUUCUUGAUCUUCACAUUUGUAAGUUCUGUGGGUGAAUAUGAUGCUCCAUUUGUUUGA